AAAUCAUAUCAGUUCAUCAUUAUUAUAUGAUGAGCCAAUCAUUGGUUAAUGAUAUCAAUGAUCGAACAUCAAAAUCAUUAUUGAGCGGUAAUAAUUGGCAUCAUUUACGAAAUAAAAACAAUUUGACCGCUUGUCAACGGUUAUGCUCUAAUUCCAAUCCUAAUGAUUAUCAUGAUGAAAAAUUGAACAAUAUUAACUUUGAUGAUUAUAAAAAUACUAUUACUCAUCAUUGUCAUAAAAAUGACUCUGAUGAUAAUGAGGAUAAAGUGGAUGAUGAGCUCACAACUCCCUUUGAUAAAGUUCAAUCAUCAUCAUCAUCAACAUUACCAUGCCGGUUGGCAGACUGUCACACGGCAACAACUAGCGUCACAAUUCUCGCAAAUAAUACUCAAACGUUUUCAUUACCAACAAUGGUCUAUACUUCGAACGAUUGCGACGAUUACAAAGAUGAAGUUAUAAACGGUAAUAAUGGAGUUGAUUUAAAUCUUCGACGAAGCGCUCGUAUCAAACAAUAUUCAACUGGUAGAAAUAUGAGAAAUAUUCAUACUGAACAAGAUUUUAUUUAUGAUUGGCCGGGGAGUGGACAUCAUUUUCAUCAUUUAUCAGAUCCAUUGACAAUCGCAACAGAUAAAUUUUCAAAAAAUCAACGACUGAUAACUAACAAUCAGUUAUCAUCUUCAUCAUCAUCUGAAGUUAUUACACAAGCAAACAUAUGUAACGGCAAUUAUAAUCAAGAAGAUAUACACGGAAGUGAAGAUGAUAUAACCCAACAGUCUUCAGCUGUUAUGAAAUGUACUCGAAACCAAAACCGAAAAAGUCGAUCUAAAAUGAAUGAUAAUAAUGAAAAUGGUAUAGUUGAUUAUGAUGAUGAUAUAGAAAUGGGAAAAGAAGCCAAAUCUGUUGCUAUGACUGCUUCGGGGAAUCGGUCUGUAACUGAUAUAAAUAUCGAUAAGAAUGAUAAUGAUAACAACAACAGUUAUAAAUCGUCAAUCGUACCCGAUGUUAUCGAUAAUUUUUAUGAUAAAAAUGGUCAUAUUGUUUGUAAUGGCAAUGAUAAAGGUCCAACGACAACUAAGUUAUCAUCGAGUGACGAUUUUGAAUUGCUUAAGAUGGAUGAACAACUGGCAACCAAUCACCUCAAAUCUAAAAAUGCACAAAAAUCUAAACAUCCAACUGGAUCGAUAAUUUUUGAUAUAUCGCGACCAUUAUUCAAUUUCGAAACACAAUUUGAAUCAAAUCAAAUUCUUUUUCAAGACCUUACACGAGAAAUCAAAACUGCCAAACAAUUAAGUCACCAUAGUAAACAAAGACAUCGUAAACGCAACAAACGUCGCUCAACAGGUAAUGCUAGCCAGAAACUGACAUUGUUGAAUCGAAAAGAAGUCUACAAAUCAUCCCAAAAUGAAAAUGACCAAAAAGAUAGUCGUAAAGUGGCUAAACGUCCAGUACGAAUGCAACCUCGUAUGGCCGUAUUCAAUGUUGCACGUAAUGUCAAAAACUCUAACGAUGUUAUUCUCAAAGAUGAUUCAAUCAAAUCUAAUGAACACCCAACACAACGAGUGCAAAUCAAAAAGGAAGAAUCGAUUGAUAAAGAAGAUAGAUUCUUUCGUAAGAUAAUACGAAAAUUGAAUCCGAAAAAUACUCAGGAACAAUCGGCAUCAAUUAAAACGAAUAGUAAUUCAGAUCUCAAUAUUGCUAAUGAUGAAAAUUCCAACAAAGUGACCAUCAAUCAUACACCUUCAACAUUAGAACAAAAACAUCCUUUGGCCAAGAAAAGUAUUGUCAAACGAUAUAUCGAUCAAUUAUCAGCGAACGAUUCAGAGACAUCUAACAAAUCAGAUGUGAUUGCUAAUUCUAAUUGUGAUUUGGAAUUCGAUGACAAAAAUCAAUUGAUUGGCAGAAAUUUUUCUAUAUAUCAAAGGUUAUUUCAAUUAUACAAACUAUGCGAAUACAAUCAUUUGAAUAGUCCAUUAUAUUUGACAUCAUCAUUGUCAUAUAUGAAACAUUUUGAAUGCGAAUAUAAUGCUGCAUUCGGUCCAAAUGAUCAUAAUGAUGGUAAUUUGAAUGGUAUUAUUCAACAGGAUAAUUCCAUUAGCUGCAAUGAUAAUGGUAACGAGGAUAUCGAUAUGGAUGAAAAUCAACAAUCGACGCCUAAUCCCUUAAUCACUGAUAUCAAUGGACAACCAUCAGCCAAUAAAAAUAAAAAUAUCAAUGAUGUUAAUGCCAGUGAUGAUGAACAGGAUGAACGAAUCGUCUCAACUGCGUUGGUAUUGGAUCCGUUGGCAUUGAAUUCGAUUAUUGGCUAUGAUUAUGCUACAAUCGAUUUCUUCGUAUUGCGAAGACAAGGCCCAAAUACGAUGCUCGAUUCGGAUGUAUUCGAUGAUUCCAAAAUAUACGUUGGUACGUCUUGUGUCCAUUUUGGAUCCAAAUUUUCACGUAUAAUUAACAAUCGUAUCAUCAUACCGAUAAAAUUGCUAUUCGAAUUGGAUCAAAUCGAUUCAAAUGAAUUCGUUCAUUCAAGCGAAGAUUAUAAGUAUUUUAUCAAUGCUGUUGUUACUUAUUUUCGUUGUCAUUCACAACUUAAAUCACAAUUCAUGGCCAAUUGUAGAAGAUUGAAUGGACAACAGGUCAGGUCUUUAUCACCAAACAAGUCUAACAAAAAAUCACUUCCACCCGAUCAAUGUCUUAAGCUCAAAUCUUCAAAUAAUAAUGCUCAAAAUGAUCUCAAUGACAAAAUGGAAUUUCAUUUUGGUUUUGAGUUGGAAAACAUUGAAGAUAUUCAUUAUACGAAAGAAUUGCCAAGCUGUCAUGAUAAACAGAUUGUAGAUAAUAAUAAACAUCGUAAACGGCGAUCACAAUUAAUCAAAGGUGAAGAGACACAUAUGCUAUGGCAAUCAGAGAUGCCACGAUUAGGUCACAAACCUCGCAUUAACAUUGUGACGGAAUUGAACAAAUGGCAUCGAAUAACAUCUGAUGAUAUAUUCUAUCGAGACAAUUCUAAAGAUUCACAAUGUGGCUACUAUGGAUAUAGAGAUUGUAAGCGUAAACUUCGACCAUCACCUCGAAAAGACGGAAAUUUUAAGCAUCAAAUUGAGAUGAAUUUCAUUACAUUCCGUUUGCUACGUACAAAUUUCAGUAACAAUAGCGAUGAAAAUGAGUUUAGCAGCAAUUUGAAAAAAUUAUACUGCAAAGUCGGUUCUAAUAGCAUUCAGCAGACCAUUUCAGCUAAACAAUUGAUAUCCAUUUUCAAUGACGGCCAAUUCAUAACCUGGAAAAAAUUGGCACAAGCUCGAUCUCAUAAUGACGAUGACAAUAAAAUCGAUAGUAAAGAUUCCCAACUUAAAAAUCAACGAGUGUUACGUGCAAAUACACGACGGCAAGCAGCAGCAGCGGCUGUUUCUUCAGUGUCGGCACAAAACUUAACCAAUAGCGAUUCAGCCCAAGAAAAUUCAUCAAUGUCAAAGCCAAUCAUACCGCGUUUAAUUCAUGAAAAAGAUUCAUUCAAAAUUGUCUAUGAAUUCUCACAGAUUCAAUCCAAUCUGAUCAGUGAAGAUAUAAGCUGUCCAUUGUGUUCACGACAAUUUGUUAUGCUAGCUCAAUUAGCAGUUCAUUUGACUACAAAUCAUGAACGUUUUAGAUUUAGAAUGACAAUGGAUCCUAUGAAUCGUUUUAUAUCGAUACACGUUGGCCUUAAUGAACAAUUUGAUCCCACAUUUGAUACUGAUCCAUUAUUAAAAGCAUUGAAUUAUUGUCCACGAACACAUCAAACACAAAGACGACGAGUUUCACGAAUGCGAUGUACAAGGCCAGAACGUAGGCCGACAACCAAUCAUCAACCAGCUACAAUGAUGAUAACCAUUGGUCGUGACCAUCGAUCAUUGUGCACGAUGUUUACAUAUAAUGAUGAAGGACGAUACUAUCAGAUUGAUGUAAAUCACCAAAUCGGUUCGUAUGAAGCCUUGUCCCAACGUCGAGUAUUCUAUCAUUCGCGUACAAUGUUGCCAAUAUUGCCCGCCGAAAUGGAAGAUGAUAGUGAAACAGAUGAAAUUCAAUGGCGAAUGCGACAGAAACGUCAUAUGAUGCAAGAUUUUAUCGAUGUUAAUCCUGGUGAAAAAGCUGUGAUGGGACUAUGGAAUCAAUUUAUCAUGAAAUACAGAAAUCGUUAUUUUGCCGAUUGCCAUAUGUCCGAUGCUGUGAAAAAUUUCAUGGUGACCAACACACCAAUGUUAAUCAGAUGUAAUCUUCGUCAUAAUUGUAUUCUUCAUUUGAUCAAUAUGUAUCGCUAUAAAUGCAUCGAUCAAGAUGUUGUUGAUCAAUCGGUUCGAUAUUUGAACAAAAUGCAAUCAUAUUAUGAAAGAUGUCAAGAGAUGCUACAACGUCGUAAACAUCCGUUAGAUAGACUACCAGAUUCUCUGAUCAAAAUGAUGCAAUAUUUCCAGGUAAAGGAUACACCUAUCGAAUAUCUAUCCGAUAUAUCCGUUGAUGGUGAUGGCGAAAAAAAUCAUCAAUUAUAUGAUAUCGAUAUUAUAGCAAAAUUAUUUGAUCAAUCAGAAAUUGAUCAGAUAUUCGGUCCGGAUGCUCAUUUAUUCUUACCAAACAAAUCGAAAAAUCAACGGACAAUUCGAAUGAUAAAUAAUCUUGAAGCAAUUGCAUUAUUAGCAUUAUUAUCACUUGGUGAUGGUAAUAAUGUUCAAAAUACAAUCACAUUGAAUCGUGGUUUUGAUCAAUUAAAACAACAUGUACAACAAGUGAAACAAUCAUAUAAUUCAAAUCGAAUGGCUGAAAUGUAUUUAAAUCAGAGUACAACAAAACUUCCAUUACGACUGAUUAAUGAUGAUGAUGAACCAGAUGUUGUUCAUACGCAUUAAUUUUCUUUUUUUAAACUUAUUUACAAAUUAUACAAAAGUUUAACACAAUGAAACAACGAAUGGCAAUACCGA